AUACAUCCUUAAGUACCAAUAUAAUAUCCGGUCUUGUAAUAAUAUUCUAGUUAUUAAUAUUAUUAGUAUGGAGAAUCGUUGUGUGUUUUGUUUGUGGAUAUUAUUGUUAAGCUGUGUGGUAGUUAUUGAGGUGCAGGGGUGUGAUGAAGAAGAAAGAAUAGCACUUUUGAGACUAAGAGAUGCCUUUAACGGAACCACUGCCCUUUCUUCUUGGGGUGAUGGAAAAGAAACGGAUUGCUGCAUGUGGGAAAGAGUCAACUGUGACCAAUCCAAUCACCAUGUCAUCCAACUCUCCCUUGCCGAUAUUUGGCUUUCGAGUUCUGAUGAUUUUUUCCUAAAUGCUUCGCUAUUUCUUCCAUUCCGAGAACUACAGAAUCUGAGCUUACGUUUAAACACAAUACGAGGAUUCCAUGAGGUACUAAACUUAAGCAAGUUGCAGGUUUUGGAUUUAAGCUCCAAUUGGUUUGAUGAAAUUCCAAGUUUAGGUUUACUGCGCUCACUUAGGAUCCUUAAUAUGAAACAAAACGACAUCAAUACUUGGUCUCACUUUGAAGAGCUAACAACCCUGAAACAUCUGGAGCUGCUCAAUUUUGCUUUUAAUGAUCUGAGCGGAAAAAUUCCACAAUCCCUUGGAUCCUUAGCCUCUUUAAAGUUUUUGUCAUUCCAGAACAAUUGGCUAAUAAGUGGCUCCUUGAAAGAUGGAGGCUUGUGCAAGUUGAGGAAGCUUGAAGAGUUGGAUUUGAGUGUAAAUGCUUUUGAAGGAAGAAUCCCUUUAUGUUUUGGCAAUUUGACAUCCCUCCGUACCCUUGUUCUUAAACAAAAUCACUUGACCGGACCACUUCCUUCUGAUGUCUUUUCUACUCUAACUUCACUCGCAUAUCUCUCCCUAUCUUUAAACUAUUUUGAAGGUUCUUUCUCGUUCAACUCAUUUGGGAACAAUUCCAAACUUGAGAUCUUUGAACUUGACAACCUUAUUAGUAGCAUGACAAUAGAUACGGAAAACCCACAUUGGAUGCCGCAACCUCAGAUCAAAGUAUUUCGAUUAACCAACUGUAAACUCAAUGAGCCUGACAAGAAUCUACCUAGUUUCCUGUUAAAGCAACGUGAGUUGAGAGUCCUUGACCUUAGACAUACAGGGGUGAGAGAAAUAUUUCCAACCUGGUUGCUUAUCAAUAACUCAAAUUUGGAAUUUCUCAGCCUUGCAGGCAAUUUCCUAACCGGACCUUUCACAUACAACAACCAUAUUCAAUCAAAGAAUGGAUAUCUCAGUUGGUUAGAUGUUUCUAUGAAUCAAAUUCAGGGGGUACUUCCAUAUUCUAUUGGUGUUUCUUUCCCAAAUCUGACCCUCUUGAACAUGUCUAUGAAUGCAAUACAAGGUGGUAUUCCUCCGUCUAUGGGGGAAUUGAAACAACUACAAUUGUUAGACUUGUCAAACAAUAAUUUGUCAGGAGAACUGCCAAAAGAAUUUGUCCAGGGAUGUAUCAAGUUGCAAUUUUUGAAGUUAGAAAACAACAAUUUGCAAGGUCAAGUUCUUCCUACAAAUUCAAACCUGAGUAGCCUUCUGUAUUUGCGUUUGGAAAACAACCGCUUUUCGGGUGAGCUCUCUCGUGGCCUAUUAAAUAGCAUGUGGUUGGAAUUGUUAGAUUUGAGCAACAACUCAAUCACAGGCGAAAUUCCUGACUGGAUUGGAAACCUUUCAGGACUCAGCUCAAUAAUUUUGUCUAAUAAUUUUCUACGAGGUCCUAUACCAAUGAGUUUUUGCAAGAUGAAGGAACUGAGCUUUUUAGAUUUGUCAAAAAAUAAACUUACUGAGACCAUACCUGCUUGUUUGGAUGUCUCAUCACUGAGAUACUUGCAUUUGCAUGGCAAUGAAUUUACUGGAUUUCUGCCAAAACUUUUGUCGGAAGCUUCCUCACUUGUGACACUCGAUAUGAGAGACAAUAACUUAUCUGGCACACUUCCUACUUGGAUAAGUUCACUCUCAAAUUUAAGGUUUCUUCUCCUUGGUGGGAAUCAAUUCCAAGGUUCUAUCCCUUCCCAACUCUGUGACCUUAGGAAUGUUAGCAUGCUAGAUCUUUCCUCAAAUCAUCUUUCUUCGGUUUUGCCUUCUUGCCUGCAUAAAUUACUGUUUGGGAGCAAAACAACCUUUAAUCCCAUGCUUGAGCCUAGGGUCUACGGAUGGACCAGAACUUGGGGUCUGAGAACAUACUUGUACGAAAGCCAAAUUCAAAUAGACAUAUACUUGGAAUCCGAUUAUACGGCUUCAGAUGAGGAAGAAGAAGUGGAAUUUAUAACAAAAAGCAGGUCUGAAUCAUACAAAGGAAACAUACUGAACUACAUGUCUGGAAUGGAUCUUUCCUUCAAUAAUUUUACUGGUCCAAUUCCUCAAGAGAUCGGGUACCUGAGUGAUAUCCACACUUUGAACUUAUCAAACAAUCACUUCACAAGCUCUAUCCCAACUACAUUCUCCAACUUAAAGCAGAUAGAAUGUUUAGACUUGUCUCACAAUAGAUUGAAUGGCCAAAUACCUCAAGACUUGAUAGAAUUGAACUUUCUGACAAUAUUUUCUGUGGCAUUCAACAAUUUAUCAGGUAGAAUACCCGACAAGAGGCAGUUCUUAACAUUUGAAAACAUCAGUUAUGAAGGUAACCCUUUACUUUGUGGACAAUUGUUGGGGAAAAGUUGCAGCAGCUCUAGCACAGAACCAUCUUCAGAGACAAUUAUACAGAAUAAUGAUGAUCCAUUCAAAGAGACAUUUUUGUGGAGUUUUAUAGCAUCAUAUAGUGUAGCAUUUAUAGCUUCUGUUGUUGUUUUCCUAUGUUGUACUGACUAUUCAGAACGGCUACUUGAGUAUGUUCGUGCAAAAUUUAUAGUUUCUCUUUCUAAUGUAAGUUAAUAACAGUGUAUGUGAUAUAAUAAAACAUUUCCUGUUCAGUCCACUAAAUCUAUGUACUUAUACAAUAAUGAUAUAUUUAUCAUUUUCC